AUGAAUUUGCAGGUGUGCGUGUUGUUGCAAGCAGUUCCUCCUACAUCCACUGACACUGGCAGCGAAGGAAUGGAAGACUUGAAGGACAUUGAAUCGAAGGUCACAUCUGAGGUCGGCUAUUCGUUUUGGUUGGCAGUAGGAGCGCUAGUUCUCGCUGUCGUGGAUAUCGUCCUUGGCGCGCUCACUGUGUGCAUGGGAGAAAGCUGUCUUUGA